ACUACAAAACAAUGGCGGUUCGCUCUAUACUCAGCUUCAGCUUUCGUAGUCUUGGCAUUGGCAGUUUGGAUUGAAGGAGUUUAGGGAAUGCAGAUUAAAGUUGAGUAAGUUAAGUUCAUUAUGUUUCGUUUUCUUUGUAGAACAACAAGAAAAGUAUUUGCUGAGAAGGAUUUAGCUCUGAAUCUCACAACUAGUCAAGUGGGUUUUUCACAAAAUAAGAUUUUCCCCCUUAGGUUGCUUUCAUCAUCUUCGCAUUUAGAGAAGGGAUCGUUAGAAACUAAACAAAGUGAACAGAAAGAGUCUUUGACAGUUUCAUACUUGACAAACUCAUGUGGGUUGUCUUUAAAAUCUGCUGUUUCUGCUUCCAAGUUUAUUCAGUUGAAGAACACUGAAAGAGCGGACUCAGUCCUUAGAUUUCUCAGCGACCAUGGUUUCACCAAAACCCAGAUCUCUAAAGUUGUGAGAGGGUUCCCACUAGUCAUUUCAAUUGAUCCUGCAAAGACACUUUCGCCCAAGAUCGAGUUUUUCCGUUCAAUAGGGCUUUCAAGGAAUGAGCUAGCGGAUGUCAUAGCUAGGAGUCCAAAAUUGCUAUCUAGCAGUUUAAAGAAUCAUCUUAUCCCCAAUUACAAUUUCCUCAAGAAUGUUGUUAUUCAUGACGAAAAAAUUGUCAAAGUUUUGAAGCGCAUGCUAUGGCUAUUUUCGCUGGACUUAAGGGGUAAAAAUUUUGGUCCAAAUAUAGCUCUUCUGAAAGAUAUUGGCGUGCCUCAAUCUCGAAUUUCUUUUUUGGUGACUCAUAUCCCAGGCGCAGCAUGUUCCAAACAUUCUAAAUUUUGCAAGGUUGUCAAUAAGGUUAAGGAAAUGGGAUUUAAUCCCACCCAAACUGUGUUUGUUAUGGCAGUUGGAGCAAUCAACCAAUUGAAGGAAUCAGUUUGGGAAUCUAAGUUAGAGGUUUAUAGGAGGUGGGGUUGGUCUGAGGAUGAGAUUCUUGCUGCUUUUAGAAGGCAUCCACAUUGUAUGCAAUUAUCUGAGAAGAAGAUUACAAGAGCUAUGGACUUACUUGUAAACAAAAUGGGUUGGCUGUCGCGAGAUAUUUCCAAAAUGCCAAUAAUUCUCAAUUACAGCUUGGAGAAGAGGAUUGCUCCCAGGUGUUUGGUUAUUCAGGUUCUGCUCUCCAAAGGAUUAAUCAAAGAAAAUAUAUGUCCAUCCACUUACUUAUGUCUUGUGCAGAGCAAAUUUAUUAAGAGGUAUGUAAUCAAAUUUCAAGAAGUUCCUGAAUUAUUAGAUGUAUAUCAGGGCGAAAUCGAUCUUUUGGAUGCCGCCUCUGGAUUUCAGAGGCAUGUGAAAUGAAACAGGUUUAACUCUUGAAAUGUUUUCAUUAUAAUUUUUUUUGUUUUUUGUGGUAGUUGCUAAUUUAAGCUAUUUUUGAUUCACCAAGUGUUGGAUGUGUAGUUCUUUACGCU